AUGGCGGAGCUGCUGGGAGUAUACUACGGCUUAUUAAUGGCAUGGGAGAGUAAGGUUCAGAGAGUGGAGGUUGAAGUAGACUCGGAGAUGGUGGUUGGAUUUCUCAAGACAGGGAUUAGCGAAGUGCUGUGCAUCCUCUGUCGUUCUUGUUAUGUUCCGGAUGAUCUUAAUGCUUUGUUUCUUGAGGACUCUGCUGGAGUUUUGACUUUACGCCGAGUUCGGUUGUAA